UCAGAGCUCAAACUAGUUUCAGUUCUACAGAAUUGAAACUCAGACAGUCGUUGACAGUGAGAGGUGAAAUGGCGCAGAAAGGAGUUCAGCUGGACCAGGAAUCCAUCUCUUGUUCAAUCUGUCUGGAUCUACUGAAGGAUCCGGUGACUAUUCCCUGUGGACACAGCUACUGCAUCAACUGUAUUAAAAGCUUCUGGAAAGAAGAGGAUCAGAAGAAAAUCCACAGCUGUCCUCAGUGUAGGCAGACCUUCACACCAAGACCUGUCCUGGUGAAAAACACCAUGUUAGCGGUUUUAGUGGAGGAGCUGAAGAAGACUGGACUCCAAGCUGCUCCUGCUGAUCACUGCUAUGCUGGACCUGAAGAUGUGGCCUGUGAUUUCUGCACUGGGAGAAAACUGAAAGCCUUCAAGUCUUGUCUGGUUUGUCUGGUCUCUUACUGUGAGAAACACCUGCAGCCUCAUUAUGAUGUAGCUCCAUUAAAGAAACACAAGCUGGUGGAGCCCUCCAAGAAGCUCCAGGAGAACAUCUGCUCUCGUCAUGAUGAGGUGAUGAAGAUGUUCUGCCGCACUGAUCAGCAGUGUAUCUGUUAUCUCUGCUCUGUGGAUGAACAUAAAGGCCACGACACAGUCUCAGCUGCAGCAGAAAGGACUGAGAGGCAGAGAGAGCUCCAGCUGAGUCGAUGCAAAGUACUGCACAGAAUCAAAGUCAGAGAGAACAAUGUGAAGGUGCUUCAACUGGAGGUGAAAGCUAUCAAUGGCUCUGCUGAUGAAGCAGUGGAGGACAGUGAGAAGAUCUUCACUGAGCUGAUCCGUCUCAUGGAGAAAAGAAGCUCUGAUGUGAAGCAGCAGAUCAGAUCCCAGCAGGAAACUCAACUGAGUCGCAUCAAAGAGCUUCAGGAGAAGCUGGAGCAGGAGAUCACUGAGCUGAAGAGGAAAGACGCUGAGCUGAAGCAGCUCUCACACACAGAGGAUCACAACCAGUUUCUACACAACUACCCCUCACUGUCACGACUCAGUGAAUCUACAGACUCAUCCAGCAUCAAUAUCCGUCCUUUUAGGUACUUUGAGGGUGUGACAGCAGCUGUGUCACAGCUCAGAGAUAAACUACAGGACAUUCUGAGAGACACAUGGACAAACAUCUCACUGACAGUGACUGAAGCGGGGCUUUUAUUGUCACAACCAGAGCCCACAACCAGAUACAAAUUCUCAAAUUAUUCACAGGAAAUCACACUGGAUCCAAACACAGCACGCACAUAUCUGGUAUUAUCUGAGGGAAACAGAAAAGCAACAUUAGUGAGUCAACAACAGUCUUAUUCUAGUCACCCAGACAGAUUCACUUCAUGGUCUCAGGUCCUGAGUAGAGAGAGUCUGACUGGAUGUUGUUACUGGGAAGUGGAGUGGAGAGGAGGAGUUUUUGUAGUAGUUGCAUACAAGAAUAUCAGAAGAGCAGGGAGCUCGGAUGAAUGUAGAUUUGGACGCAAUGAUAAAUCUUGGGUGUUAAGUUGUUACGAAGACAGUUAUACAUUCUUCUACAACAACAUCAAAACUCCAGUCUCAGGUCCUCGGUCCUCCAGAGUAGGAGUGUACCUGGAUCACAGUGCAGGUCUUUUGUCCUUCUACAGCGUCUCUGAAACCAGGACUCUCCUCCACAGAGUCCAGACCACGUUCACUCAGCCUCUCUAUGCUGGACUUUGGUUUAAUUAUUGUGGUGACACAGCUGAGAUCUGUAACGCCAAACAGACAAAGGUCAUUUAAGGUGCAUUUGGUUAAAAUCUGUAUUUUAAUUCACCAAUUCAUUUUGACUCCAUCAUUGUUGCUAAAAGCUCAUUGCUGUCGUGUUUCUGCACUGCACAGAGAUCCCCUGUCAAUCAAACAUUAUGGGUGGUACUUUGACCUCUUCUCAUCUAUUGUUGUGUUGAUGUUUGAGUUUCUUUAGGUGGAGCUGGAGUCAUGGAGGAUAUCACUGCUCAGGAUGAUUUUUCUUUACCUAAACUGACAUUUCUCCACAUGAAAAUAUAAACUUCUCUGUGCUCUGAAUGUUUGUUGAAUAUUUGUGUUGAUGUAUUUGUAUGUUGUUGUUUCUCUUCCACUGCAUGGGCCUAAACAGAGAAAUCACCAGACCUUCCUUUAUCACAGGUAUUUUGUUGUCACUGUUUAAAUAAGGAAAACUAUAAUUUUACAUGUAUGAUCUUGUCAGUCUAAAUAUUGUUGUUGUUCAAACUAUCUUACAAAUAAGGUUCUAUGAGGUGUUAUAAAAUGUAAUUAUCAUAAGUAUCAAAAAGGAGAUCAUACAUUAUUUUCUUUUCCAUAUCUGAGAUUCAGGUUAAACAAACUGUGUGGACGACUUGAAUUUGUUUAUGAAAUCACUGAAUAAAGCUUUUUUUCCUCAAGAAUAAAUCAGAUAUUUUCUUCUGUCUUCAUUCCAGGAUCUGAUUCAAAGCUGAUGGGGAAGAUAUGAAACGAAUAUGAGAGUACAACUGAGGCAGUUUUCCUCUUGAAACAACACAAAGUACAGUGUUCAUGUUCAGAGCAGAAGGACAUCUGUCAGUCAGUCUCUGUCCUUUCUUCACUAAAACAGUUUUUAUCACUGAGAAAUUACGGUUUUCUUUGACGUUUUGCUUUAAAGAUGGAAAAAUGUUUGUAUCA